CUUCUCGUGUUCUUUUCUGGAGGAAUUAAAUGAGCAAUGCUGGGAAAGACACAAUCAGCUGUGAUGGACUUGCGGACAAAAUGCAGCUUGGCCAGCCCCACGCUUGGUUAGAGGACUGCGAUGUUCCUGGGAUUAGUUACAUUCACCUCUGGUCAGGAUGAGGUCUGAGGCAGGAUCCAGUCCCGCGGCUCUGCUCACUGCCUAGCUCAGGAAUUCAGGGCUGGGAAAAUUGAGCCUAGUCACCCCACCUGGCGACCACAGCGGAUCCGACCCGGGCUCCAGCCGCACCUGCAGCAGAUGACCACGUGACCGCCGCCAGUUCCAUGGAUCAAACACAGAGAGGAAUCCUGGGCCAGACCGGGCCGGUCCCCAUCACCCAGUCCAAGAAGAAAAGGACGUCAGUGAUGUCUUUCUUUUCCAAGGUCUCUUGGACACUGAGGUUCCAGAAGCGGGAGUCUCUGAAGAAUGUGUUUUCCAUCUUGGCAGAAAGAGCCCAGGACCCCAACGCUAAAAAGCGCCACAUGGCAAUGAGAGGUCUGGGAACCAUGGCCUGUGAGACCCCUGACAAGGUGAGAAAGUAUAAGAAAAUUGUCCUAGACCUGCUGGUGCAUGGAUUGUAUGACCCUGUGAGUGCUGAAGUCAUCCACGAGAGCUUGAAGACACUGACCAUCAUCUUGGGCAAGAUCCAGGGGAAAAGUCUAGGCUCUUUCUUCGUAGACAUCACUCUCCAGACCAGGACUUUAUUAGAUGAUGAGAAUGACAACCUGAGAUACUCAGCCUUCGUCUUGUUUGGCCAAUUGGCUGCCUUUGCUGGGCGGAAAUGGAAGACAUUUUUCACCAGCCAGGUCAAGCAGACUCAAGAUUCCCUCCUGAUACAUUUACAGGACAGAAAUCCCCAGGUUGCCAAGGCUUGCAAAACAACAUUUCGAGCCUGUUCUCCAUAUCUGAAAGAAAGAAAGGAAACCGGCUUCCAGACCGAAGAAGAUCAAAGGAACCCUAAACUCUGCCGGCAGCUGAGCCACUAUCAUCCAGAGCUCCUGCAGUUCUUCUAUGCAAAUAAGAUUCUGUAAACACAGAGCCGCAGGGAAAUUGUUCCAGUGAAGCCAGCCGCCAUGUAAGACGCCAGAUUACCAGGAACGAAGAAGAAUGUCUGAGAUCACCAUUUUGGAGGAAAGACCAGGCUAACUGCAUGGGAUGCCAUGUGGAGAGCUGAGGAACCCAAUCCACAGUGAAGUCUGAGGUCCAGACGCGUGACUCACGUUGGCCGUUCCAGCCAGACUCCGGCUGUCCACGUGACCCAGCUGACACCAGCUGUCUCCAUGAAGCCCACCCCAAGUUGCAAAAUUGUAAGCAAGUGAAUCAAAUGAUUGCUGUUUUAAAUCGCUAACUUCUAGGAUAGUUUGUCACUCGGCAAUAAGUAACCAAAAGAGGUUCCUAAUCACUAAUUUUGUCAUUUGGCCAGUUUUGUUUUGCUCUUAAUAAGUCCUCUUUGAGUUUAAACUAUAUUUCUAGAAAGUUAUAUUAUGAUGGAAUUCUGCGGUGAGAGCAAGGGAUGCCUUUUUUUGGACCUUGUUGGACCUUUGGAUGCCUUGUUCUCCUUUUUCUAUCUCACCCUGUGCAUCACAGCACCCAGCACGCAGCAGCUGAUCCAGAAACAUUUGCUCAAUGACUAAAUAGUUGCAAAUUGUAGCGGGAACAGCGUCCAAAGUAGUUUGCUACUCUGGGCUCUUAGCCAUGGGCUCACACUCUUCCUUUCCAGCUUUUUCUUCUGUUACUCUUUUUGCUUUAGCCAAGUUUGGCUCCUCUCUCUUUAAACCCUUCUCGCUCUCUUAUGCUCCUUUGCCUUUGCUCAGUCUCCUUCUUUUGCUUUGAAUUCCCUCCCCCCAAGCCAUGCAUACACACAUCUCAGGUGUAUAUCUUCUCUGUACUCUAAGACUGAUCAUUGCCCGAUCCCCUCAAUCAGGAAAGAGCUCGCAUCUCUGAAUUCCCAGAACAUUCUAGCAGUCUUAUGCUGCUUGACAUGUUUGAUCUCUUUGAAAGUUUUUACCUCCAUGUCUUUUUCCCCCUGGUUCAAGGGAAGCUGCUGAAGGAGGGAUCCUACACAGUCUAGCUUUGUGUCUGUCACAUGACCUCAAAGGUACUCAGUAAGUGCUUAGUAAAUAAAUGUGGAUUGGGGAGGAAAAAGUCCGGAAGUCAUCUGAAGCUACUCCCCCUUGGGAGAAGCCCAUUUUGUCAAAUGAGGACCAUCACUUCUCUCCUUAUAACCCAUCUGCAGGUGACUUAUAUGCUUGUGUACUUAAGUAACCCUUUCCCUGUAAGAUACCUGUUAAUUUGCUAAUCUAAAGAUAAGGCUUUGACAUUGUUUUACUUUUAAACACUAGAUAUGCAACAGUUGAGUGAAUUAAAGAAAGAAAAAUGAAUGUUCAGGUGUUACCGUGCUAUGUGCUCAGGGUAGAGAUGCACAUAAAACAUGGUCCCUACUUCCCGUUGCCCGCAUGAUGAACCUUUCUUAAAGGGAAGGAGAAAGGAGAAAAAGACAAAGAAGGAAGUAGAAAAUCUAACAAGUAAUCAGUACUGGAACUCACUGUGAACAGAAUCCAGUGGAAAUCCGGUCCAUAAUGUUGAGUUAUAAAAAGCACGAGUAUGUUUUACAAGGACAGAAAUAGCAGCUGUGUGGACAGCUAGCAGAUAGUGCUAGAAAUAAGGCAAAUGUGUAUUUGUGCUUUUCUGCAUUUUCCAGGUUUUCAGCAAUAAGCAUGUAUUACUUUUGCAAUCAUAGAACACAUGCAAAAAUGCUCUUUAAAGUAAAAAUGGACUCCGUAUUGGU